CCGAUCUCCGCUUUAGCGUAUUCGGCGUAAGACAAACCUUGGAGCCAAUCUCUAUAACAACGAUCGAAGUCAACGAUGUCAUGCGGCCUCGCCCUCUUUACUCCCAACCAGACUUGCUCUGGUCUCUCCACUCCUUUCGCACUCGGGAUUAAUCCCGCAGAAGGAGCAUGCAUCAAGAUCGACAACACCAAAUAUGCCUCGAUCUUGAUUCCAGGCCAGCAGCAAUGCCGCUGCGUCGAUUCCACAAAGACCUCAUACAUCGUUCUCUACAGUGAUGGGGCUUGUCAGGACGAUUUGAACAGGGCUAUAACGCCAGGUCAGGCUGAGCAAUGCGUGGAUGUGCAGACAACCAAUAAUAGCGUCGCGAAGGGUAUGAGAUAUGAGUGUCUUGCUGGGCCAGGAAGUUCGAGUUCGGGAACUUUAUCUUCUUCAGCUGGUUUAUCGUCGACACCUUCACCAUCCUCGUCUACAACGACCAACCCCUUCGUCACGCCUCCGUCCUUGACUUCACCUGCUAUAUCAACCCCAUCGGCAAGUAGCGGUCUCUCUGGAAGCGAUAAAAUCGCCAUAGGGGUAGGACUUGGAAUGGGUCUUCCUACUAUUAUCAUUAGUGUUAUUAUCUUAAUAAUGAAGAUCAGAAAAGGCUGGAAAGAUAAGGGCGAAGUUGUAAGGGCGGAAAUGUAAUGGGUUGAAAUGUGAUUAUAAUACUUUAGACUAGCCGGUCCGAAUCUUGCAAUGACGUG